AUGGGAAACCGUAUAGAAGACAUGAUUCGCGAUCUAGGACAAGACGGAUUUCAACAAGCACAUGCUCCUUUGUAUGACAAAAUAGAAAAUGAUUCGAAGAUGCCUUUGUAUCCAGGGUGCACAGCUUUCACAAGGUCGUCAGCGGUAUUAGCUAUGGUCAACUUGAAGGCACGAUUCGGCUGGAGUGAUAAAAGCUUCACGGAAUUGCUGAAAAUCCAUGCAUGUCCAAAUGAUUGCAUUUUGUACAGAAAUGAGUUUGCAGAGAUGCGCAAUUGCCCUACAUAUGGUGUAUCAAGCUACAAGCCCAACACUGACGACUUGAUUGAUGAUAUUUCCCCUAAUAACACUCGUCCAACAAAGUUUGAUUCCUUGUAUCCUGAUUUUGGGAAUGAGCCUAGAAAUCUAAGGGUUGCUCUUGCUUCGGAUGGAAUGAAUCCAUUUGGUAACUUAAGUACCAAUCACAGUUUAUGGCCUGUUUUGCUCAUGAUUUACAACCUCCCUCCUUGGUUGUGCAUGAAGCGAAAAUACAUAAUGCUCAGCAUGAUGAUAGCGGGUCCAAGACAGCCAGGGAAUGAUAUUGACAUGUAUGUUGCUCCAUUGAUCGAAGACCUGAGGAAAUUAUGGGAAGACGGGGUUGAUGUCUGGGAUGGUUAUUUGCAGGAGACUUUUACGUUGCGUGCAAUGUUUUUUUGCACCAUAAAUGACUAUCCAGCAUAUGGCAACUUAAGUGGAUACAGUGUGAAAGGCCAUUAUGCAUGUCCUGUAUGUGAGAAAAGUACUGCCUUCGUCCAACUAAAACAUGGAAAGAAGACUGUACACACAAGGCAUCGAAGAUUUCUAAAACAGUAUCAUCUGUAUCGGUGUCUGAAAAAAGCUUUUAAUGGAUCUCAGGAACACAAAACUGCGCCGAAACCAUUACAGGGCAAAGAAGUUUAUGAUCGCGUGAAGGACAUCAUAAAUAUCUUUGACGUGAUGCACGUGGAGAAAAAUGAUUGUGAUAGUUUAAUUGACACCCUUCUUAACAUUAAAGGCAAAACAAAGGAUGGUUUGAAGUGUCGUCAGGACUUGGUUGAAAUAGAGAUUCAGGGAAUCUUGCCUGUCAAAGUUCAGGUUGCCAUAACACGACUGUGUUUUGUUUUUAAUGCUAUUUGUAGAAAAGUCAUUGACCCAGCAAGAUUGGAUGAGUUGGAGGAGGAGGCUGCCAUUGUCCUUUGUCAAAUGGAGAUGUAUUUUCCUCCAUCAUUUUUUGACAUAAUGGUGCAUUUAAUUGUUCAUGUAGUGGAGGAGAUCAGAAUGUGUGGGCCUGUUUUCCUACAGUGGAUGUAUCCAAUUGAAUGUUACAUGAAAGUGUUAAAGGGGUAUACGAAGAAUCUACACCGACCCGAAGCUUUGAUUAUCGAAAGGUAUGUUGCUGAAGAGUGUAUUGAGUUUUGCUCCCAAUACAUUGAAUGUGCUCAACCCGUCGGCCUUCUCGAAAGUCAUCAUGGUCGGACACUGGGGGAUAAGGGUACACGAGGAUUCAAUGUUAUCACAAUGACUCGACAUGAAGUCUCACAAGCGCAUCUUUAUGUAUUAAACAAUACAGCAGAGGUCAUUCCAUACAUUGAUGCUCACAAAAAAAAACUCACUGAAAUGAACCCAAAAAGGAACAUGAGGAGGAUUUUGCAAGAGCAUAAUAAAGCUUUCAUUAACUGGUUCAGGGAAACUAUAUUUGCUGACGACGGCACCUCCGUGACUUUAAGAUUGUUAGCUGUUGGGCCAAAUCUAAAUGUACCUACUUGGAAAGGGUAUGAUAUCAACAAUUAUUCAUUAUACACAAAGUCAGCAGAUGACAAAAGCGCAAUGCAGAACAGUCGUGUGACUGUUGAUGCUGACUCCGAUCACUUUUCUAGUGCAUCAGACAACAAUCCAAUUUGA